CGCGGCGUCACGCGCGGCUGAGGUGGCGGAGCUUCGCGUCGCCGCCACUCGCGCCCUGGUCGCCAGUCUGGCGGCGCCCUGGCCCAGUCGGCCGCCGUUCCUGGCGGAGGGGCUCGCGCUGCUGCGUGCUGGGGCGGCUGGCGGCGGCGGCGGCGGGUUGGAGCUGGCGGAGGUGUGUACGGAAGGGCUGCUGACGUUGGAGGGGCUGCUGCGGCCUCGGGCGGCUCCGAUGACGUCGGGUGCGGAGUCGACGCAGCAGGGGGUGCUGCUGCCGCGGCCCCGCUUGUGGAGCAUGUUGGAUCCGCUGCCGCCACCGGUGGCUGUGGCGGUGCCGCCACAGCAACAGCAGCAAGCGACUGCUGUAACGGCGACGGGUCUUCAGCAGCCCUCCCUGGCGGCGGCUCCGCCACCGCCGUCAUCGGCUGCUGCUACUGCCGCACCCAACGGCCUGCCACCGGCUGCUGCUGCUGCGGCGGCGGCGGCAGCAACCACCAACAGCGCUGCUCCUGCAGGGGGCUCAGGUGCAUCCGUGGCAACACCUGCAGCAGCAGCAGCUGCACCCGCCUCGCAGGGCGCGACUGGGAAGAAGGGAGCCAAGAAGGGCGCUAAGGCUGCGGCUGACAAGAAGCCCUCGUCUGCACCUGCGGCAGCAGCAACGCCAGCGGCAGGGAACGGCCAGCAAGCGAAACCAGACACCGCGGCUGUCAAGUCCGUUGUUGCUGCUGGUGCUGCAGCUGCACCGCCUGCCGGUGCUGCAGUUGCAAGCUCUGCUCGGCCCGCUGCCGCUGCAGCAGCCCCCGUGAAGCCGGUGUUUGCCGAUGAGAGUGACGACAGCGAGGGGGAGCUACCGGAGAUCGACUCGGGAGACGGCAGCGGUGACUCGGAGGAUGAGGACAUGGAGUAGGGGAGUGUAGAGAAGGCGGUGUUGGAGAGCGUGUAGCAGGCAGUAGCAGGCAGUGGACACAGGACAGGGUUCCAAAGCCGCAUGCAUGCAUGCAUGCAUGCAUCCCAACAGUGUGGUGUACACAUGGGGGCUGUAUACCGGUAUUGCUACGUCCUUGAUGAGCCUCAGGUGUGUUUUUGCAGCUUGUGUCUGCACGCCUCACCCGUGCGUGUGUUCUCAUGCGUGCUGCCUGCGGGUGAGGUGUGGGAGUGCGGGAGUCCAUUCUCUGCCUGGCGACUGUGGAGGGAGUGGACUGGUUCGCUUGGGGGCUACUGCUGGGUGAGUCUGUCAGGCAAGCUGGUGGGUGAGUCUGUCAAGCAAGCUGGUGGGUGAGUCUGUCAGGCAAGCUGGGGCCUCUUGCUGCGUGCAACCUCACCUCCGACUGGAAGCGCACUGGGUCGCUGCGUGCUGGGCCGUGAGCUGUAACCUUCGUCGGGCUGCUCCAUUCGAAGAGCCCCUCUCUGUGCUGGCACCGGGCGUAUCCUAUCGGGAGCAGCUCGGAGUGGCUUACCGGUCAUAGCCGGAAACCAGCUACAUGCUGCCACCAUGCAUGGGAGCAUGCGGCUAGAGGCGGCCUAUCCCAAUCGGUUAGGUCAUUAUAACUUGACCAUCGCCUCCUCAAUACAGCGAGGAACUUAAAUUGUUUUACCUAAGCUUGC